UCUUUUCGAUGUGUGGUUUCAGGGCCUAUAAAAGGCCCAUCCCUCUGACAGCAGGGAUUCAGUUUGCGAUCACUGGCCCAAGGAGUUGCAACGCGAUAGAAAUGAAGCUGCUGAUUUUUGCCUGUCUGCUGGGCCUGGCUCUCGGCCACGAGGUCUACACCUAUUACACCCCGUCGUAUGGGUAUUAUCCGCCGAGCUAUGCCCGGUCAGCGGGUGUCCUGCCGCUGGCCUACUCCCGCCUGGUGGCUCCUGCGGCUGCCGAAUCGCAUCUGUACCACAGCGUGGCGACUCCCAACUCCUUCCAGCAGCAGUACCGCAGCGACUACAAGCCCCUCACCUAUGAGUAUCAUCUGUACUAA